CCUGUUCGAUGGCGGUGAAAUAUAAUAUUCAUAUUUUCAUUUACUGGUAGUGAUUGAAGUUUUUAAACAGCAAAGAUGACUGCGAAUUCCGAUGCAAUCGCCGUCAGAAUCACUCGCUUAAACAAUGCACUAUUGGGUGGACGUGCCUAUGGUGUCAGCUCUGCGUUGUCGGAAUCUGUUAACCGAGAGGGGCUUUUGGAUGCGCUUUGCUUGCUUUAUAAUGAGUGCGAUAAAGAGGCCCUACGCAAGCGUGAUAAAAACAUUGCUGAGUUUGUAAACAAAUACAGGAGUGUUGUGGAAGAAACUCAGAACUUAAGAGUGAAUGUCAAGGACUUUAGCGUACGUACUUUAAUUGGCAAAGGUUAUUUUGGAAAUGUCUAUUUGGUAAUGGAAAAGCAGACAUGUGACAUGUAUGCAAUGAAAAAGAUAAGAAAGUCAGUACUGACCACUUCGCAAAUUCGAGAGGAACGUGACAUCAUGUCAAAGAGGUGUUCGGAAUGGAUAACAAAUUUGCAAUACGCUUUUCAAGACCAUGAACACUUGUAUUUGGUGAUGGAGUAUCUACCUGGCGGUGAUCUACUAAGUUUGAUGUCUCGCCACGGACCAUUUGAUGAGCAGUUGUCAAAAUUUUAUCUAGCUGAGCUAACAUUAGCAAUAAAUGCUUUGCACACUAUGGGAUAUGUGCAUCGUGACAUUAAGCCAGAAAAUAUUUUAAUCGAUCGCUUUGGGCACAUUAAGCUCGGUGAUUUUGGGAAUGCUGCUGCCUUAGAUCGCGAUGGUCACGUUUUCAGUCUUUCUCCGGUCGGCACACCUGACUAUAUAGCUCCAGAACUUCUGCAGACAAUUUCAACUUACAAGCUGUCAAAAAAUAUGCAUGAUGUCAGUUGCGAUUUUUGGUCUAUGGGUAUUAUUGGAUACGAACUGAUUUGUGAGGUGACGCCAUUUCACGAAGAUAAUGUUCACGAAACAUACUCUAAAAUAUUAAGCCACUGCGAAGAAAGUCGUGUGAAGGAAAUUAUAGCAUUCCCCAGUGAAAUAAAAUUAUCCGUUAAUUAUAGGAAUCUUAUUGAGUCCUUGGUGACAAGUCCCUCGAAACGUUUAAAUUACGAGGGAAUACGAAAACAUCCAUUUUUCGAAAAUACUAAGUGGGAUUCCUUGCGAUGUGAAGUUCCGCCUAUAAUACCGACAUUACAGAGCGACGAUGAUACGUCAAAUUUUGAGGAUGUUCAGCGAAAAAAGACUAAAGUUAUCGACCAAAAUGCGAAAAAGAAUUUAAAAUCCACUUUAAAUUCCAGUGAGUUUUGUGGCAAAGAUUUGCCAUUCAUUGGUUACAGCUUUGUUCACAUGGAUCUUCAAAAAACUGAACAUGGUGCCUUGGAGGAUGCAAGAUACGCCAAAUUAAAUAACAAAUUGAAGGAAGAACAAGCUAAGCAUAGAGAACGUUUAAACGAAAUUACAAAACUUAAACAAGAAAUUUUAAGAGCCGAACUUAAAGCCAAACAAUCGAAUACGCAAUCGCGAGCCUUGGACGAUGCCAAAGAAGAAAUAAUAAAAAUGAAAAAUAUUAUCAAAGAAAAAAACAACGAAUUAGCAAACUGGCGUACCCAAAUCAAAACACUGCAAAGUUCAUUGAAAAUUGAACAGGAAAUGUGGGAAAAAAAGGAAACAACUAUUACGGAGCUUUUGCGUUUGAAUCGUCAAAAGUAUGAUGAAGCGAAGACUGCUUCAGAUGCCGCAUACGAAAAGCGUAUAAUGGAGAAGAAAAUGGAAAUUGCGGCCAUUAACACAAAAUUGGACGAGCGUGAGGCUGAACUUGCAGCAAAAAUUGAAGAAUGCACCCAUUUGCACGAGAAGAUGGACAACUAUAAAGAAAUGUUGAGGCAACACAAAGAGCAGGCUCAAAAAGACCGCGAAGAAUACGAAAAAAAUAAGUCCAGCCUAUCUGACUUAUACGAGCAGAAACUAGCCGAAUUAAGAGCGAAAUUACGUCACGAAAAAGACCAUAAAUCACGUUUAACCAUGGAGUUACGUGACGUUCGUACUGAACUUGAUGAUACCCUUAUUAGUACACGAUCGUCCGAGGAAGCCAAAUUAGCAAGUGCAAAAACUAACGAUGACAUACUUCGGCGUUUAAAUAAGGAAAUUGAAGCCAAUAAUGAACUACACAAACUAAAUUCUGAGUUUCAGUAUAAGCUCUCCGAAUUCCAAAAAAAUAUUGAGCAACUUCAGCAAGAAAAUACUCGUUUGGAAAGAGAAUUGCAGGUUGCUGAAUGCGGAAAAAAUCUUGCAAAAAGUGAAUUAGCAGCAGAAGCUUCGCCGUUUGAAACGGCUCCUGGAUCGCUCUCGGACAUUCGUAUGAUUGAAGAGCAGCUAAGAGUUGAUUUGGAAGUUGCAAAGGAAAACGAAAACACGCAAAAAGUUCGCGCAGACAAUCUGCAGGAAAUUGUAAAAAAAUUGGAAGAAAUGCUUGAGAGAUUUAAUGAGCAGAGUCUUUCGCCAACAAAGCCAAUGCCAGCUCCUAGAACGGGCAAUACUCAUUUGGCAGCUGGCGAUGUAUUAGAGAAGCAGAAUGAAAGACUAGAAGAUAAAUUGGCUGCGGUUAGAGAACAAAUGAUUGUAGAGCGACAAUCAGCACGCUCGGCUAAUUUAGCUCUUUGGAAGGUAGAAAAACAGUUGGAGGAGGUUAUUUCAGAAAAGAAAAUGACACAAAGGCGAAUGGAACUUACUGAAGACCGAAUAAAAAAAAUUCAGGCAGAACGCGACGAUGCAAAACGUUUACAGAAACUCUCGGAAGAAGCCAUAAUCCAGCGCGAGGAGCGAAUUGAGGAACUUAAACAAGAAAUCACAAAUCUGAAAGCCGAAGUGCUUAAGGAACAUCGUAUGUGGGAGACGGCUGAACAAGAACGUAUGGAGUGUAAAUCGGAGAUAAUAGAUCACAUUUCUCAUUCAAAACAAUUGGAAGAGCGCCUAUUGGAAGCUAAGCAAAAACUUCAACAAUGUCAACAAAAGUGUGAUAAGUUAUAUUUGGAGAACGCGCGCCUGAUUAAGGACAUAAACGAAGAGAAGGAACAUUACUCUGUAGCUCAAGACCUGUUAUCGGCCAAACAAAUUGAACUAAAGAGUCUGAGGGAGAACUAUGAAAGGCUCAAGUAUGCGUGUACAGUAACCGACAACCAGUUGAGCGAGGUUGAAGUAAUGCUGGAAAAAGAGCAGAAGUGCAACAAAGGCCUUCAGGAAAAAUUAGAAAAAUUACAUUCACAGUUUAGGGAAAAGGAAGAAAAAGAAUUCGACAUCAAAAAAAAGUUGAAAAGUGAACAAAUAUUAAAACAAUCAGCGGAGUCAAAAAUAUCGGCCUUGUCUAAAGAAAUAGAGGAGCAGCGCACAUAUGUUGAGGAAAUGCAAACAAAAAUAAGUAACCAGCAGCAACAUUUAAUGGAGCAAACAGCAGCUCUAUUUACGGCGCAGGAAAAGGUUGAAGUUCUUCAGAACGAGAACCAGAGUGUUCAAACACUCAAUGAUAAUCUGGGAAGUGAGUUAUUGCUAUUAAAAGAGGAGAAUGCCCGCAUACUUUCCGAUCUCUUCCAUGCCAAAGAGGAAGGACAAAGUUUACAGGAACGUCUUAAUGAAGAGUUGGAUUUAAAAUCGGAGCUGCAGGGUGAAAAUCAAGACUUGAAAAAGAUUUUGGAAGAGAAGGAAAAUUUCUAUCUGCAGCGCGAUAUUAAAUCAGAAGCUACACUGGCGCAGCACAAAAAGUUAAUAGAUUAUUUGCAGCUAAAAGUUGAGGAUUUAACUCAGAAGAAAAAGAAAACCUUGGCGGAUAAAAUUUUUGGUCAUCAUUCUUCGGCUGUGACAAAUAAAAAGGAGAACCUAAAUCCGUAUAACAUAGAAAACUCUAUAUUGUACCGGACGUUGCAAGAAGAACUUAAACGAGAAAGAUUGCGUUGCAAAGUGUUGCAAGAGCAGUUAGACAAAUGCCAAGAACAAGGUGCGUCAACGUUAAGGUCUCCUUUAAAGGGAAGAGAGAAUACAAACACUAUCCCAAUAGCGCAGAGUUCUCCAAGUAAAAAGCAAAAUUCACCUCAAAUCAAUAUGGAAUGUAAGGAUUCUACGUUGUCGGACUGUAACAAAAAUAAAAAUAUAACUUCAACCGCAGCAAUGUCAAAACACAUACAGUCCCAUCAUCGUUUUGAAUUAUCAUUGCAAGAGUCUUCUAUUGGUGCGAGCUCUUGUGUAGCUUGUAAAAAUCCAAUAGUUGCAGGAGCCCCAUAUUGGAAAUGUAGAGAAUGCAAAGAUGCUGCCCAUCGCAAGUGCCGCGGAGAUGUGAAAGAAGCUUGUGGAGGCAUUGGCUCGAUACUAUCAAAUGAAGGAAAUGAGAUCACAUCCCUUAAAUCCCUUAAAUCCCUUGGAUCAGAACCAUCAGCUCCAAAAGAAACAGACACGGAGGCGGAUUCUGUAAGCAAAUAUUCGUACGAAGGCAAAAUAGAUGAACCAGAUGGCGGCACAACUGAAUCCUUUUUGACGCAUAAUAAAACAAUCGUUUACACAACGCCAACUAGCCAAAAUACCCCAUCACUUGAAGUUGCAUGUGCUUAUGAAAUAGAGGAAAAUAAAAUUCUGUUGUUGGGCUGCAAUAACGGUCUCUACGCUCUGCACAUUGAAUCAAAUAAUCUAGUUCACAUUGCUGGUAUUGAAGGAGUUAUCUGUAUAGCGAUAUCGCAACCAUUGGCCAAGGCAAUAAUGGUUGGACGCCUGGGAGAGUCUUUGUACCAAUGCGAUUUAAGACAUUUGCAAUCUCGCUGUCAUUCAAGCGCUUGUUUGAAACCAGUAUUAGAGGCAUCUGUUCUGGAAUUACCAUUUGCGAACCGAGCAUCAACAGAGAAAUGGCAAUUAGUACAGAUAUCGGAAGAAAGCGAAAAACCUUUAGAUACAGUAGCUAUAGCGGCUACCUCGAGCCGCAUUGUCAUUCUGAAGUACGAUGCCAAACAACAGAAAUUCAAACCUGUUAGAGCACUUGAUACUGCAACAUCCGUCUCAUCUAUACUUUUCACUCGUCAUUCAGCAAUUGUAACAUCUGACAAAUUUUUCGAAAUCGAUUUGUCUACAUAUGGUGCCGAAGAAUUUGUUGAUCUGUCGGACAAAACCCUCUCUCACACUUAUAACUACACACCAGUUAGUGCGUUACGUAUUGCGAAACAUGAAUUUCUUUUAUGUUUCAUGGAAAUUGGAGUCUUUGUUGACGAAUACGGAUGCCGCUCACGACCCUACGACAUCAAUUGGGAAUAUACUCCUUGUGGAUUUCUCUAUAGAGCUCCUUUUCUUUACAUUGCUCAUUUCCAGUCAAUACAAAUUAUACGUCUACAUCGCUCCUAUAGUCAAGAGUUGAGGUCAAAUGCACCAAAGAAUUGUAAUACAGAUGUUGAAGACAGCUGCACUCCAGAUUUUAAACGAUCAUAUUUGCCUUUCUAUAUGCCAACCCUAUUGACUGAUAGCGGCCGAUAUAAUGCUUUCGUCCUUGCCAUUCAAAAAGCAACGGGAAUACAAGAUAUUCACUUUCUAGAUGCUAUGCAAAUCUUCCGCCAAGAACACAGUGAUUCCUUGGAAACGCUUUCUUCUGUUGGCACUUCCAUCACAUUGGGUUCGUUGUCCACUAAUAAUUAACCAUGCUACUUUUGUUUUUCAUGUCCAUUUAUGGAUUACAUGUCUGUGUAUUGUAAUCCCAUAUAUGUUUCUGUAAUUUUUAUUAUUUUAUUUCAUUCACGAUUAAAUGUACAAUUAUUUAAUAAAAAGAGUGCCCUAAGAACAGAGUAGAGGAGGGUGGAGGAGUAAAAACUAACGUUGUUUUGAAGAAAUUAGCAUUACUCCAACAUA